AUGGAUUGGUUCGUAGGAGUCCUCUCUCUCCUUUGCUGCUUCGUCUUGUACUACCGUCAUCUCCAGUCCAAGAAAACAUGCAAGGAGGAGCCGACCGAAUGGCCGCUACUGGGCCAUCUUUUCGGCAUGAUCGCUGACCUCAGGCGACCGGAUUACCACGACUGGGCCACCGUCGUCCUCGCCGGCACGCGCUACAACUUCCCAGCUCACGCGGGGCUUACCGGCGUCCGGUACUUCGUCACCUGCGACCCGUCCAAUGUGCGUCACAUCUUCACGUCCAACUUCCUCAACUACCCAAAGGGCGAGGAGUUCGGCCAGAUCUUCGACGUCCUGGGCAAUGGCAUCUUCAACGCCGACGGCGAGUCCUGGCAGCGGCAGCGUGCCAAGUCGCAGCUCCUCAUGGCCGGCCCCCGUUUCCGCGUCUUCUCGGCACGGUGCAGCCGCGACAAGGUCGAGAAGAGCCUCCUUCCUUUCCUCUCGCACGCUGCUGACAUCGGCGCCCGCUGUGACCUGCACGACGUGUUCCUGAGGCUGACAUUCGACAUGACCUGCAACCUUGUCUUCGGGGUGGACCCCGGCUGCUUGCAGAUCGGCCUCCCCGUUGUGCCCUUCGCGCGCGCCAUGGACGACGUCCUGGCGACGGUCAUCCUCCGACACAUCAUCCCACCGGCGUGCUGGAGGCUCAUGUACCGGUAUGAGCUCGGCCCAGAGAAGAAGAUGGCCGUGGCUCGUAGGACCAUAGACCAGUUCGCCGCGGACAUGAUCGCCAAACGCAAAUCCGAGCACAACCUCUGCGGCGAGAGCGUCAGCGAAUCCUCCGACAUGCUGUCGUCCUUUAUAAGCAACGGUGACGCGAGCGACGAGUUCUUGCGUGACACCGCAGUGAACCUCCUGCUCGCCGGCCGGGACACCACCGGUACGGCGCUGUCGUGGUUCUUCUACCUCCUAUGCAAGAAUCCACGCGUGGAGCAGAGGAUCCUGGACGAGCUGGCGCCGAUCGCGGCCACAAAGAUGCUGGCCACCGCCAACGACAUGGUGGUGUUCGACGUGGGCGAGCUGAGCAACAUAGUGUACCUGCACGCAGCACUGUGCGAGUGCCUGAGGCUUUACCCGCCCGUGCCCUUCCAGCACAAGGCCGCAGCGGCCGGUGACGUGCUCCCGAGCGGCCACGAGAUGAAGGCCGGCGACAAGAUACUUAUCUACUCCUACUCCAUGGGGAGGAUGGAGGGCGUGUGGGGCAUGGACUGCAUGGAGUUGAGGCCAGAGAGGUGGCUUGCCGACGACGGAAAACUGAGGUACGAACCGUCAUACAAGUUCAUGGCCUUCAACGCCGGUCCCAGGACCUGCCUCGGCAAGGAGGUGGCCUUCACGCAGAUGAAGGUCGUCGCAGCCGCCGUGCUGUGGAACUUCGCCGUUGAGGCCGUGCCGGGGCAUGUCGUGGAGCCGAAGCUGUCCAUCAUACUCCACAUGAAGAACGGGUUCGCCGUUGCGUUGAAGAGGAGGAACUUCCCCAGCGUGCACGGCUAG